AUGUAUUUCGCGCUGAACUCGCCAAUAACUGAUCCAUUCGAAAACGAGCUUAUGCUUUCUUCACUUGCCGUUACCUUCGUAAACCUUGCAAUAGGAGCCGUCAGCAGAAUCCCGGAUGAUGGUUUUUCGUCACCAGUCGACCCAAUCUUGGAUAGCUUGUUGUUCAAUGGCUUGGUCAUUGUUGCCAACUCCUUGGUCAUUGGACUACUUGUCGGUAAGUAAGGAUAAUACAAAGUAUUUGUCUGUCAAAACAUCCUGCUACAUGUUACAGGCUUAACCCGGGCUAAAUACCUCCAUGGAAUUCCAUGGAAUUUCGUGGAACUCCAUGAAUUUCCGUGGAUCUCUAUGGAGUUCUCCAUGAAUCUCCAUGGAAUUCCAUGGAAUAUCCAUGGAGUGUCCUUUGAGUUCCAUAGAAUUCCAUGCGUUUUGUAUGGGAAUCAAUAGAAAUUCAUUAAUAAAGCAACUAAUUAACUGGUUAACUGCAUGUUCAAGUCUAAACUUUUUACUGGACAGAAAAAUAGAAAACAGGGCAGGUUUUUAAAAGCAAAAUAAUGCCUACGUUUAAAUUAUCCAAACAUCGUCACUUGUUCUUGUUCACCGUUCAUGCUGAAACUGAGCGUAAUAAAUGUUUUUGCGGGCGACAAGAGGAGCCCGCAAUCCUAGUCUCCAGGUUGUUAUUACGCAUGAGCCGCUUGUAAGUAGCCAGCAUUCGUUUGGACGUCCACUAAGAACGAAUGGAAUGCACAAAACGCAAUUUGAUCACGUGCGUUUCGACCUUCUACCCUCGUAAUCUGAUCACGCGUGUUUUGACCAUCUGUCACGUGAAACUUACGCAAAGCACAGCAUUGAAGCAAAAGCGUUUGGACCUCGGAUCGUUGUCUCCUGCACUCCCUAACCUAUGGUUAUUACUAGUUCCUAACUAUUAAGGAAAAAAGGUUUUUGUGUGCUUAAUAAAAAAUGAUCCUGUGUAAAUAAUAAAAUAUAAGUAUACAAAAUUGUUUCUAGUGAGAGUGUCUGCCAACAAUCUAGCAAAAUCAGUGUUGCAUUUAUAGAGAGGAUCUAUUUUUUAUAACAACAUGCAGCCGCUUCAAUAUAAUAAAUAACUAUGAGUGAUCCCACGAGGCACGAGGCUAUCGAUGUACAAAGUGUCUUGAGGUUGAGAGUUGAGACUCCAGUCCAACCUGAAUGAUGACCGAGAGCACCCUGCAUCUGCUUUGCAUGGAGUUAUUCGAGCUACAUUUUUAGUCACAUCUGUGAAUAUGUGCGCCUAUUUUCAAAGGCUCCCUCACUUAGAAGAACAAUGACAUAUUUUUCUCUCGCUGAUGUACUCUUCAAGAGCGUCGGAAUGGUGUAGUUAACUCUGAAAGGGAUCACAUCUUAACGCUUUUAAAGACAGACAAAUUGAGGUAUUCUUCACAGAAUUCCUGAUCUGAGUAUAAAAGGCUGUUCAGCAAGCAAAAACAUUUGCGAACUAUGAAAUUCCAAGCAAAAUCAAUACUGUUGAAAAUUACUCUCAGCAUCUGUCAUUUGCUCAUAUUAAACUCAAUCAUGUUUUUUUUUUUCAAAGUAGUCACUAAAAAGCCUGGAUUUCGACAAGAGUGAUUUUACUUUUGAGUUUUCCUUAUAAGCAGAUAAAACUACAUUUUUUUACAUAAUUUACUGGUUGAAAUAGAUAAAGAACAGCUAAGCAGAGGUCUCGAUGUUUUGGUUUAACAAAACAGCUUGCCUCUAUACUAAAAUGCUUAACUCGGAUGGCUCUUCAAAGUGACCAACUGUAUAGAUUUCUAUCUCAUGGUUAGCACAAUCAAGGUCGUUACUAACUUUACAACGUAAAUUAUACACAUCAACUACAAUGAACAUUAAAAUAUCGAGAAUCUCACUUCACCUGACUGAUCACCAUCUAGUUUGAUUUAAUCUGCUGCUUUUUUGCGCUUUACUUUGCAUUUUGAAGAUAGGUCUUCGAUUGCAGGGUUGUAAGUUCACCUUAUUUUCCGUAAGAUCGUCGAGAACGAAUAGUUUAUGGGCGGCCAUAGCUUGCUUUCAAAUGUACCGAGCCUAGCGUAGCUAAAGGGAGGAGUCAAACUAUAUUUAGGGGUGGGGACGCGACGCCCACCCCUCGUAACGGUAAGCUCUCGACCUCAAGGAAAAAAUAGUGAGCUAUAGGGCCAUUAUUUUCUUACUUUGUUUGAUCAGCAUCACAAGGCCUUGCACAUGUACAGUUUCUGCAUGAUUUUGCUGAUCACGAUCUAUUUUGGUCAAACGUCAAGAUUUUUGUUAUUUCAUGACAUCCCUGCUCCUCGGAACGGCUAAACUUCUUAGUCUCAACCAUUUUUUUUCUGCUAAUAUUCUUAAUGACCAUUUCUCUUCUGCGGGAAAUAGGCUAGCUAGCACAAUUCCAACGCCACAACAACAUCUUAAUUACGUUAGUCAUUGCAAAGAACCGACUUCAUCUUUCUAUCCUUACCGGUAACGUCCGACGAAGUGAAAUUUCAAAUACUCUCCAUACCAAACAACAAGUCUUAUGGUCUUUAGUAAAAUCCAGCUAGUGGUCUGUAUCAAUGCUGCGUUCUGAUUGGAUAAGCUACUACUAGGCUAUAUGUUAUAGCCUACUAGUAGCGAAGAGCGCCGGAUUUUUGGCGGCAAAAAGGGACUUACGUCUAGCUUUAACCAGCUAUAAGUUGUUUUGUAUCGAUAUUUUUGAGCAACUAGUUGAAUUUUACUAAAAAAAUUAUUCCUCUCGCGCCUCUGAGUCAAUAGCCCAUUCGGCCUUCGGCCUCAUGGGCUAUUGACUUAGAGCCCAUUCGAGAUCGAGGAAUAAUUGUUAAGUAUUUACCUCCCAUAAAAUUAUUAAAGUGUGCAAGUAGUAUUAUAGCUCCUAUUCAAUCGGAAAUAUCGAAUAUCUCCGUAACAUUACGAAAAUAAUGAUGCGAAUAAACUACAGACCUAUAUUCUUAUCUAACUUUAACAGAAUUUUUGAAAAGAUCAUGUACAACAGAAUGAAAGAUUAUAUUGACAAACAUAAAUAUAUGUUAUUCACCGGGUGGCAGGUCCAUUUUCUUUGGGAGAAACUGUGCCCGAGGCCGUAGGCCGAGGGCAGUAUUUCAGACCGAGGGCACAGUUUCUCCCAAUACGGACCGACCUUUAAUUUUUUUUUCCUACUGAGAUUUGAAAGUUUCUGGAAAAUUUUCCUUCACUCUCCAACCUAUUUGUGUUGAAGUAGGACGCGUUUGUGUUGAUGAAGCGCGCGGUCGAUUGCAAACCAAAACAAAACAUUACAACAUGACUUUUAGCUCGGUAAUUUAUUUUAAGGCACUUACUGCUCUUUUAAAAUAAGGAAAGGUUUUUUUGUCUUGCUAGACAACUCAUAAUCUGAGUGUCAAACAAGAAUAAAAGAAUUGACAAGCUUGAUAUUAAAAGCCCCAGGGUGAAAAAUACAGCAAGGGUUAUCUUCGGCCGAAUAAUUCAAAAAUUGCUUUAAGAUUAUCAAUUGAGCGGGAUCAAAACUGUACAAAAGAGCCAAUUACACAUACCAGUUUUAAGGUUUUGAAUUGAAUUCGAAUAAAAGAAGGCGAUUUGAGUAACAAGUGAUAAACAAGGAAAUGAUAACGGCGAUAACCGACUGCUGGAAAAGUGAUUCGUGUUGUUUAUAUAAGAUUGGAAGCUAACACCAAUCAUUGAAAAUGGAAAACAGAACUACAAAAAUAUAAGAGCAAAAAUGUCCAAUAAACGGUGCAUAAAAGCAAGAGUGCGGUACUUACAGCGCGGUUAUAAAGAUAGUGAAGCGACAUCAUGAGCCACCUGUUUUGCUUUACUUUAGCUGCUUUCCUGGCUGACUUGCUUGAUUAUCCCUUCAGAUUUUCUGUCUGAAUAAUAAAAUUCACUUUUCCCUAGUUAAUUCUAAUAAUAGCGCAAGUUUUGAAAGAAAAAUGGUUUGAAAAUGACGGUUUUUGCUCAUUCACAAACAACAAACAAUCUUGUGAAUGAAGCUGCCAAUGAUUCCGCCCGGGUUAGCGGGCACGAUCGUAAAAUACCGUCCACUCUCGAAACCAAUCACAUCGCAGGAUUUAGAGGAUUCCGCCCGCUCGCAAGCUUGGGAGAAAAUAAUUUUUGUAUUCCUCCCAGUAUGGCUUUCGUAAAGGUCACUCGACUAGAGAUUGUAAACGCAAUACAAACUAAUAUCAAUCAAGGUCUUUUCUCGUGUAGAGUCUUCAUAGACCUCAAGAAAGCUUUUGAUACUGUCGAUCAUAAUAUUUUGCUCGACAAACUUAAUCACUAUGGUUUUCGUGGAAUUAUUAAAGACUGGUUCUCCUCGUAUUUGAAUAAUCGUAUGCAAUCUACCCAAAUCGGACCAUACAUUUCAAACAAAGCUAACGUAAGCUGUGGUAUUCCCCAAGAAUCUGUCCUUGGCCCGUUGCUUUUUUUAUUGUAGGUUAAUGACAUACAUUAAUGCUCGAAUAAACUUAAGUUUUAUCUCUUCGCAGAUGAUACUAAUAUCCUUUAUGCUGAUAAAAACUUAAAGUCCUUAGAAAAUAUGGUAAAUAUUGAAUUACGAAACCUCCACGAAUGGUUAACAUCCAAUAAGUUAACUCUCAAUACUACGAAAGGUAACUUUGUAAUCUUUCACCCUUAUCACAAAAGAGUCACUUACCAACCGAGCCUCUACAUGUUCGAUAACGAGAAAAAUGGAAAUGUAACUUUAGAGUCCAAAAAUUAUAUUAAAUAUGUUGGUGUGUUGGUUGAUAAAAACCUUACUUGGAAAUAUCACAUUGACGACAUUACGGCAAAAAUCAGUAAAACUAUUGGACCAAUUUCAAAACGUCGGCACUCCAUACCUCGUCAUAUACUGUUAUAUAUUUACCAAACAUUAAUCCAUCUUCACCUAAACUAUGGUAUUGCUGCCUGGGGUGGGGCAUCCAAGACUUCCCUCAAUAAAAUUCUAAUUCUCCAGAAGAAAGUGCUCCGCAUGAUGUAUUUUACGUAUAUACGUGAACACGCAAUUCCUCUAUUUAUUCGACGCUGACAUAUUACCAGUGUCAUUUAUGUAUUAUAAAACUGUGGCUAGUCUAAUGCACGAUAUUAACAGCAACAAUUCGCCAACAAACCUCUUCAUUUCAUUUGAAAAAAACCUCAACAAUUCAUUCAUACCAUACAAGAUCAUCUACUUCAGGUAACUUUCACGUUAAAAGCUCAAAGCUGGAAAUACACAAAAACUCCUUGUCUCGUUUUGGUGUGAAACUUUGGAAUGAGAUACCUUGUCAUAUUAGAGAUCUUCCUAAAAAGAAAUUUUCGAAAGUGCUUCACAGAUUGCUUUGCGACAUCUUCAAAAGAGAACAUGACUAUAUUGAGACGUCAUUAAAAGUUGAAAAAGUUCGAUUAACAGUUAAGUGAAUUCUGUACAAAAGUAUUUGUUUUUUUCGCACUCCGUCAAUUCCUUUUUCGUCUUUCCUUAGUAGAUUUAGUGUAAUUAAAAUAAAACUAUGAUAGAAAUAUUAUUUAUUGUAACAGUUAAGUGAUUUCUGUACAAAAGUAUUUGUUUUUUUCGCACUCCGUCAAUUCCUUUUUCGUCUCUCCUUAGUAGAUUUAAUGUAAUUAUAAUAGAAUUAUGCUAGAAAUAUUGUUUAUUGUAACAGUUAAGUGAUUUCUGUACAAAAGUAUUUGUUUUUUUUCGCACUCCGUCAAUUCCUUUUUCGUCUCUCCUUAGUAGAUUUAAUGUAAUUAUAAUAGAAUUAUGAUAGAAAUAUUGUUUAUUGUAACAGUUAAGUGAUUUCUGUACAAAAGUAUUUGUUUUUUCGCACUCCGUCAAUGCCUUUUUCGUCUCUUCUUAGUAGAUUUAAUGUAAUUAUAAUAGAAUUAUGCUAGAAAUAUUGUUUAUUGUAACAGUUAAGUGAUUUCUGUACAAAAGUAUUUGUUUUUUUUUUCGCACUCCGUCAAUUCCUUUUUCGUCUCUCCUUAGUAGAUUUAAUGUAAUUAUAAUAAAACUAUGAUAGAAAUAUUAUUUAUUGUAACUUAAAAUAGUUUCCUUCCUUUCCUUUCACUUUAUUUUUCCUUUAACUGGUCCACCUGAUUAGCAAUGGUUAUUUCGCGUGCCAGCCUGUUGUAAUCAAUAUUUUUAUUAAAGAAAGUUAAAGUUCAAGGUGAACUUGCCAUUAAUAUACCAAGUAAUGUGCGCAACCCGUUUUAUUUCGACUGAGUGUAAGACUGACUACUUGUUUUGCAGACAAAUUCGGAAUCUGAAAAGACAGUAAGGUGGUAAUACUGUGAUCCAAAGUCCACGCUCGUCCGAGUACAGCAAGGUCCUUCCUCUCUGCGCAAAGUGUAUUUGAAAAUAAAUUGAAUCAAGAGAGGAUAAAAAGGACAGAGAAGGCAUCCCCCAUACACACCCUGUUCCAUAGUUAAUUCGUCUCGAGUUAUUUUUAGAAUUGGAAUAAAGUUACCUCGGGCGCUGCGUGGAUGUUUCGUGGAGGUUUCGCAUGACUAAACGCCGUGCAAAAGAUGUCGGGCGAAAGGCAAUGAAAGCGUAAAGAGAUCGAGAGCAUUCCUGAAUAUUGAAGUGAAAUGAAUCGGCGCUCGCCUGGGAAAAGGGAAUCGCUGGACUCUUUGUUCUCUUUGACAACCCGUGAAAUCAGUUUAACUCGAAGUUGUCGUACCCUCAGUGCUUUAAUAAAAUGAGAAAUUUCGCCGGUCUAUUGAAACCCGGUCGUUUGUAUAAUAAAGCAAGUAGGACGCCAAGUGUUAUUUUUGUUGAAUAAUAAAAGACAAAUAAAAGAAUAAAUAUCAAACCAGAAACUGCUCUCUUCAAACUGUAAAUUAUAAAUGAUCCUGAGAGAAUAUUCAGUGUGUUAAGGAUUUCCCUGCUGUACUGUUAGCUCUAUACAAGAGAGGAAGGGCGAUUCUUUUUUAAUUUCCGUUUCGCUGGCACAACUUUAGCAGAAAUCUCUCUUUAGUCGUUUCGUCGACAAAACAAAUAGCAAUAUCACUGUCCGCGUCUUCAGCCAUUUUUUUCUGCGUCAAUUCGUGAAGGACGCGUGGCUCUGAGCGUGGGUCAUCCACGUGGAACACGUUCGCGCUAUGUGAUUGGCUGUUGUCUAAUCUCCCUUGGGAUCUAUGGUCUUAAAAAUAAGUCGAGACGAAUUACCUGUGGAAUAGGGUGUGUAUGGGGGAUGCCUUCUCUGUCCCCUUUAUCCUCUCUUGAAUUAAAUCUAUGAUGGCCUCGUUUUAAUUUGCAUGAAUAUAUAAUUUGUUUCAGUGCAAUAUGUUGCGUACAUUUACCACAAAGUAAAAGAAUGGCGCAAGAAUCCAAAGUGGUCAUUUUCAUGCUGCCUGGCCUUGCUAUUACCCCUAAGUGAUUUACAAGGAGAAAUAGUGGGAUUAACUGAGAGGAAUAUAUUGACACAGCAACUUCAAAGUGGCGGAAUCGAAAUGCCAACGAUUGCUAAUGCUUUAAAGGAAAGCGGGGCAGUGGAGAUAACUCUUGAAGAUUAUGAUGUAGAACGCAAAGAAGAAGAAGAAGAGACUGCAAAUAAAUUCAGCGUUGCUCAAGGCCUCCUUUCACUAGCACAAGUAGGCAUCCAUAAGCUGCAACGGGGGACACAAGACACCAAACUG